UCUUCAUUUUCCGUCGUCUCACUCCGCGCGUUGGCAUAGUGCUGGGGUAGAUGUACGACAAAAUCUUGCGAUUCGCCCCCAAAGUUGCGAGGUAUACGACUAGUUUUUGUUGUUAUACCUCGCUAAGUAGCGUCGUCGCGAAUUAUCUUGAGGUGGCGUGGUGAUACGUGGUGUUGCUCGUUUUUUGGGCGUUUGAAAUCGGACACCGCUGUAACGUCCUCGUUUUCCGCGGAGUGAUACACUGUUGGGGAUGACAAUGUGCAGGAGGCUAAAAUGUCUACUAGGAAGAUGAAACGGUUAGCACUGCAGCGACCAUAAGAAAACUGUAGUCUACAACUUAGGAAGAGUUUAUGCUUGAUUAGUGUAUGCGUUUGAAUUCGGGUUAGCUCGGAUACAAUACCUGGGAGUACAAAACUCAAUUAUUUGGCGGUUUGCAGGGCCUGAAACACGGGAAGGGGGAUUUUGUCCCCCAACUUUGUUUUCUCUCUCUCGCGCGCUCUCUCUCUCCCGAAAACACUCCAUUUGGAUGCCGAACACUUGAGCCGACAAAAGGGUUGUAAAGUCGCAGAGUCUAUGUGUGUGUGCUGAGAAAUUGUGAGCGAUACCAGCAUCAGAAUGAGCACUGCAGGAACGGACAAGGAGCUCAGCGAUCUUCUGGACUUCAGCGCUAUGUUUCCUCUUCCAGGGGCGAACGGGAAAAGCAGAGCCAACGCUCAAGCCGCCGGUCAGUUUGGAGGCUCAGGUUUGGAAGACCGGAGUGGAUCAGGCUCCUGGGGCUCAGCAGAGCAGAACAGUCCAUCCUUCAGUUCACGGGCAUUUGACAAUGUGGGCCAUUAUAAUGAGCAUGAAAGCAUGUCCCCUUCAUCGAUGUACAGCUCAGGAAUUGGAGGUAAAUCAGACAGAGGACCUUACCCCUUUGGCACACAGUUCCUGCCAGGGGAGAUGUCCAUGUCCAAUCCUGAUGGCCUGUCCCCGUCCGGCGUAAAAGCCACAUCGCCAUUCUACGGAUCGUACCCCGCCAAUCGUAGGAGGCCUCUGGAAGGCGUGCUCGAUACCCCGCCGAAGAAGAUCAGGAAAGUACCACCUGGUCUCCCAUCCACGGUCUAUCCAGCAGCUCUCAGUGACGACUACAACCAGGAAAACGCAGGUUUCCCGUCUUCGAAAACCGGCAGUGUUUACCCUGGCACCAUCUACAUGCAAGAGGGUCUGCAGGACCCCUGGGCUCAGUCAGGUUAUUCCUCCAUGCCCCACCACCAGUCCGCCCCAUUUGCUGCCAUCAACCCUCAGGAUCGCCUGAAGAGACAGCCCCUGCCUCUGUCCCCUCCGUCCUACCCUCACCACGGCAGCGAAGUGAACGGUGGCUUCCAGUCCGCAUACACGCCUCCCAUCAAUGGAACAGACGGGAUCAUGGGCAAUAGGGGUAGCGCAGCAGGAAGCUCAGGAGAUGAAAUUGGAAAAGCCCUUGCUUCAAUUUACCCUUCAGACAACAACGGGAGCAACUUCUCCUCCACUCCACCUACCCCGGUCGGCUCUCCUCAGAACAUGGCAGUCUCUGCUUCCCAGUGGUCCAGAGGAUCAACUCAGUCUGCACAAUCACCCAGCUUUGAGGGAGGACUGCAAGCGCUGCAGAAUAAGAUGGAGGACUGCCUGGGUGAAGCCUUGCACGUGCUGCGGAACCAUGCGGUUGGUUCGGGGCUGAGUGCAGACAUGCACACCCUGCUGAGUGCUGCUGCUGGAGGAGCUGCAGGUCUGAGCUCCCUCAGCCAGAGCUUCUCCCUGCACGGCAGAGUACCCGGUAUGGUGCCCAACCAUCACGAGGAGUCGGCCGGUCUGACGCCCACCAGUGCCCUGUUACACGGCCAGCACACAGCUGCACAAGCUCCCGCCAGCUCACAGUCAGAGGGAUUCUCCAGUUUGUCUGGAAGUCUGACUCGCAGCUCCAGCACUGAUAUAAAGAGGGAGGAGAAGGAGGAUGACGAGAACUGCUCUGUGAUAGACAAGUCCGAGGACGAGAAGAAAGAUGGCAAGAUGAACCGCACAGGGACCAGCAGCGUGUCAGAGGAGUGCUUGACGGUGGAGGAGAAGGAGCAGCGCGACCGGGAGCGCCGCCUGGCCAACAACGCUCGUGAGCGAGUUCGCGUGCGCGACAUCAACGAGGCCUUCCGGGAGCUCGGGCGCAUGUGCCAGCUGCACCUGAAGAGCGACAAGGCGCAGACCAAACUGAUCAUCCUGCAGCAGGCUGUGCAGGUCAUCCUAAGCCUCGAGAGGCAGGUGCGAGAGCGUAACCUCAACCCAAAGGCGGCAUGUCUGAAGAGGAGAGAGGAGGAAAAGGUGACCGGCAUGGGGGGAGAUCCUCAGAUGCAGCUGGGAGGAGGCCACCCUGGGCUGGGCAGUGAUGGGCACACUCAUAUGUAAUAUUUAUAUCCUGUCCUAAAGAGUACUUUCAGAUGUGGCCUUAUUCUCCUAGCUACCGUCUCAGUGUGUGAAUACGCUCACCAUGACUGUGCAUCAGAAUCUUUUGAUCUUAUGGACACAUACUUGUGCAGACACACACACACACUUUACUGAAAGCUGACACAUUUUGACACAGCAUACAUUUGCAUAAAUGUACACACAGAUGUUAUGGACCAUCGGAGCAUCCUAAAGAACACUGCUGAGAGACGGAGGAACUCUGAGCACAACGAACAAGAAUCUCUGCGCUCCCAUAUUUUCUUCUUUUUUCUUUUUUAAUUAUGGGAGCAAUGAGAGUACGGAGGUGUGUUUUGCCAGGAUUUUAUUCCCUAUUGAUAUUUAGACGACCAUUCCCAAGACUUCAAAAGGAAAAAGAGACACAUGCUUGUCCAGUCAAACCGAGUACGUCCGGCUACAUCGUGAGAAGUCUGAUAAUUUGAUGAUUGGAUAUUGUGCUAGUACAUAGCACAUGUGAACAUAAACACUUCGUGGGCAGUCAAGGGCUCAAAUUAGGGAACAGAAAUCUUACCCUCUGGCUUUCUUUUGUACCAUCGCACAUGACGGUGAAGGCAGAAAUGAAAAAAAAGAACAACCACAGUCACAAACCCAUCAGCGCUCAAAUUCACCUUUUUUUUUUUUUUUUUUUUUUUUUUUUUUUUGCAUUAACCUUGAGUGUCUGAGCUCGUGUUACCUGUCUAACUGGAACCCAUUCACUUCAUCCAUCACCACAGCCAUGGAAUCAACACUUCAUUAUUACUUACGAACUAGCAGUUUGGUUUGAUUUAUUUUUAAGAGGAACAAAGUGUCCUCUUGACUCUUCUGAGCAACUAACAGCUCGACGUCCUUUCAGUCUCCUCAUUUGCAGCAUUUCAAGACUGUGCAGUCAUGUCAUGACUUUGAUCCUGGAUCCUUCUUCCUGCUGUUCUUUUAAAAAAAAAAAAAAGUUUAAUCAAAUGCUUUGGACAAGGACGCCAUGUUUCAUUACCAAUUGUCUUGAUUUGAUUUGAAGGGUAGAUAUAGCCUGUUCUUAAAAGUACAGCAAAAUCAUGUUGAGGAUUCGUGAAAUCUGCUCGUUUUGGCCAGUGAUUCAGUGCUAAAGUUAUGUCAGGGGUAUUUGUGCAUCUUGCUGACUUGUGAGUGUCAACUGCAUCUGCUGCCAAAUCUGGAUAUCUUUUCUUAAAAUGGAAGAAAAUGGAUCAUUUGAACAAUUACUUGGGAUCUUUUUCAGAUCAUAAUGUUGACUAAUUUUUUUUGUUAUAUAUAUAUAUAUAUAUAUAUAUAUAAAAUGUUUAAAAUGUUUUUUUGUCUUUUUGUUUUUUUUUCUUUUGCUUUUUAAUGUUUUACGAAUUUAAAUAUGCGAAAGAACUUUGCGUUCAAGGAUGCCAGGAACAAAUGUAAUUGUUUCGUAUUUCUUUUGCAAUUUUGUAUUUUAAUGGAGGGGCAUGGAAUCGUAACCAGCAUUCUUUCUUUUAUAUAUAUAUAUAUAUAUAUAUAUAUAUAUAUAUAUAUAUAUAUAUAUAUAUAUAUAUAUAUAUAUAUAAAUAAGGUUAUGAAUGCCUGUAUUCCCUGUCCUCAUUGCUCCAUUUGUGUAGAGGGUUUGAUUCACUGCAAUAUCACUUCAUUACCCUCUCAGUGAUCGUAGUAUUGUGGUUGCACCACCUUUAUAAGAUAUUUUCAUAAAAGCUGACACAAAGGGUCAUUUCAACAGCUGAAUUUAUCAGUGUUUUCCUUCAGUCAUUACAAAAUCAUAUCUGAAAAUGAAUCGUGUUGGUUUGCAUAUUGCGAUGCUCUGAAUUUCGAUGGAGGGAACGUGCAAGAGCGAUUUAGGGUGGCCUUCUUCAUUCUCUGCGCUGACCUCCGUGCCCAGCGGGGUCGCACCAGGGGAGUGAUACCGUACUAGUGCCUGCACACUGUUUUCAGUUCAAUCCUGAAAUCAGGUUUUAAUUGCAAUGUCACGUUUUGCUGGCUCUAAUGGAAUAUUUUAUAAAAUUCACAUGAAGACAGGGGUAUGGGGAUUUUUAGUGGAUCUUAAAUGAACUUUUGCUCUGCUGAGCAAAUAAAGUACUUUUCUUUGUGAUCCCUGUUUAGUUUUUAUGUGCUCAGUGACCUCUGUCCUGAUUUUGAGUUAUGAAGCUUUUGUAUGUUUUUGUUUGUUUGAUUUUUGUUUUGCUCAGUAUAUGUAUUUAUCUUGGUAACUUUGCUCGGAUACAUUAGAAACAUUGACCAUGGUGAUGUGCUUAUUUUUGAUACAAGUGUGUGGAACAGACACUGAACUGGUGAUUUGGUAAAGAUAAAUCAUUUACAAAGUGCACAAAAGACAGCUUUACUAAGACGGCUUUGUAAAAUGGAAUAAGUUCUUUACUUUUUCAGUCCACUUUGAAACCACAUUUUGGUUUAGAGAGUAAAUUUAGUGCUCCUUUAUCUUAAAUUGACUCGCUGCCUCAAAUUGAGGCAGAUAUUGUUGUUGGGCUGUACUGAAGCUAACCGAAAUCUUAACUUCCAUUGGUCCAAAUCAUUCCUCAAAUUCUGAUUGAUUUAUGACUGACAUAUGAGCAUCUUUGAGUGUAAAAGAUAGCAUUUUCUUACAGGUUGAGCCUAGUUUUAAGAUAAACCUGGCUCUUAACUGGAGUUCCUUCUUCGAUAUUAAGUGCUCACUUUAUUCUUUAGUUUUUGUUUAGCUGAGAUGUCCCUCUCAGUCUCUUGGCAUUUUCAUCUGCAGAAUCUGUUGACUCACACCAUUGGGGAGGUUUUCUCAAGUCCCCAAAGUGCCUCCACUUUCCUAUUUUUUAUAUAAAGUAGCUAUUCAGAACUGUUAUGUAUAUAAAGUAGCAAUAAAUGUGCCAUUUUUAAUAACAGAAGUUAUACAUUUUCCAUGUCUGUCUGUUUUUUUUUUUUUUUAAUUUUAUUAUUAUUAAUUAUAUACCCAAAUAAAGAACACACCACAAGAGAGGGUUUAUUCAUCACUAAA